CAAAUUCAAACAUAAAAGAAUAUCGCAUAAUUGCUUAUAAGAUUAUUAUAUUUUUAUUUUUAAACAAAAAUCUAAGACGUAUAAAAAUUUAUAUACUUUAAAAAUGACUACUGCGAAUGUGUCAGAACCGUGGUACCUUCGAGUUUGUGAAGAAUUUGACGCUUUCUGUAAAAAAGUCGAUGACAGAAUUGAUAAGCGACAACAACAGUUAAAGGCAUGUAAGAAGAGAAACGAACUGGAAAAUAAACUCGCUCAAGAGUUGGCAGUCAAAAAUGAGUUAACUCAACAAAUGGCCGAAUUGACUCGAAGAGGAAAUGAAUUGGAACGGGUGUGUGCUAUUUUUGAGUCACGUCUAACUAUCACGGACAGUGAUCAACAUCGGCUAGAUAAUGCUAAGGAGAGUUUUCAGUUGGCAAAAGAGUUGACCGGUAUUCGGCUCGAUUUCAGUGCUCCAGCGAACAUUGCUAAGGGAUAUGUGAAAAAUGAAGCACGGAAGCUUUUACUACCAUUUGAAAUGGAAUCGAACAGUGACGCGCUUUGGGAUCUCGUCAAGACAGCUUGUGACCCGUCAUGGCCCGAUAAGGAGAAUCACGCGCCGAAUUAAAUAUGAUUAUAUAUACAUAA